UCCCACAGAGCUGAUCUACCCGUGCCCUGCCGCUAAAGAUUCCAGAUGAGCUCCUGUAUCCAAGUUCCCAUGUACCUAUGGAUGUAGCUUAUUGAAACACUAACAGUCAUCAUGGAAAAGCUUGGAACUUUCUAUUUACCUUUCAUCUUAUUGUCAUUGACUCAGAUACAGCAUGCAUUAGCAGCUUGUAGUAUCACGUCAGUAACAUCUCCUUCCGCAUCGACACUGAACGUCAAAUGGAACAGUUACCCUGGAGCCACAAAUUAUUUUCUGGAUUUGCGGGUCGUGAACUCAAUAAGCAUCGCGCCAGUUGUGGUGACACUGCCUGUGUCAAGUACACAAAGGCUGAUCCAAGGACUGCGGCCAGGGAGUGUUUACCAAGUCCAAUUGAAAGUCUUACAGUUUUACUAUGUGAUGUGCACUAACACGCAAACUGCCACAACAGUUCCCGCCACCUCCCAGAUCACCUAUUGCAAGGCCAUAUCGAGUACCUCCAUCAGAUUUGAAUGGUCCGGCGUCUCUGGGGCUGACAAGUAUUUGUUGGUUGUGGACGGGUUCAGUAACGGAGACAGAUACAACCACAGUUUCACUACGCUGACUGGACAGGUGGAUGGGCUCACACCUGCCAAGUCUUAUACCUGCUAUGUCUACUCUUCCAACCAAGCGGGACUGGGGACCAGCAGCAUGACCAGGACAAUCACUACAUUGGUACAACCCCCAACUGGUGUUGCCGUAGUAGCGACAGGAAAGAGCACAGCCCGUGUAACUUGGCAUUCGGUCAACAAAGUUCUGUUGUAUCAGGUCAGCGUUACAGACAACAACAAACCGAGUGUGCCUGUACUGAAGAACACCAGCACUACGUACAUUGACGUUGAUAAUCUACAACCCUGCUCCACAUACAUUGUAGGAGUGUCAUCAGUCAACACCUUCCUAGAGCCUGGAGAACCCACUAAUGUCUCACACAGCACAUCCAGUGAGUACUGUUGGAAGAGAGAAAACGAGAUGAAAUGAUGGUCAGAGAGAGAGGAAAUUAGAUGAAAUUACAGUCAGACAGAGAGAGAGAGAGAGAGAGGGGAUACAAUGACAUAACAGUCAGACAGAGAAAGAGAGAAAGGGGAUACAUUGAAAUUACAGUCAGAGAGAGAGAGGGGAUACAAUGAAAUUACAGUCAGACAGAGAAAGAGGGGAUACAAUGAAAUUACAGUCAGAGAGAGAGGGGAUACAAUGAAAUUACAGUCAGAGAGAGAGAGAGAGAGAGGAAAUGAGAUGAAAUUACAGUCAGACAGAGAGAGAGAGAGAGGGGAUACAUUGAAAUUACAGUCAGAGAGAGAGAGGGGAUACAUUGAAAUUACAGUCAGAGAGAGAGAGGGGAUACAAUGAAAUUACAGUCAGACAGAGAAAGAGAGAAAGGGGAUACAUUGAAAUUACAGUCAGAGAGAGAGAGGGGAUACAAUGAAAUUACAGUCAGACAGAGAAAGAGGGGAUACAA